CGGGUCGGUUAAAAUCCAUCGCUUCCAAGUUUCGAAUACAGAAACCCAAAACCCUCGCCGGCCAGAACUCAACAGACUCGCCCACAGAGAGAGAGAGAGGGGGAGAGAGGGGGAGAAGAGAGAGAGAGGAUCAAAUCGGUGGGAAAAUAAAAAUGGUGGUGAGACUAAGGUUAUCGAGGUUUGGAUGCAAGAACAGGCCGUUCUAUCGAGUAAUGGCUGCCGAUAGUAGAUCUCCCAGGGACGGCAAGCACUUGGAAGUCUUGGGCUAUUACAAUCCCCUCUCAGGUCAAGAUGGUGGUAAAAGAAUGGGUCUUAAAUUUGACAGAGUGAAGUAUUGGCUAUCAGUCGGCGCCCAGCCUUCAGAACCAGUCCAGCGCCUUUUGUUUAGAACAGGGUUGCUACCCCCUCCCCCAAUGCUGGCUAUGGGACGCAAAGGUGGGCCAAGGGACACCCGUCCAAUUGAUCCAAUGACGGGGCGCUACUUGACACCUAAUAAGCCAGCAACCGAUGACAGACCGAAGGAGUCUGAAGGUGAUGGAGAUGGUGAUGGAGACAGUGGUUCUGCUCGUAUUGUGGAAGAGUUGUUUCAUGUUGCCUUUGAUUGUGAAACGAGUUCGAUUUUCUCAAGUGACGAAGCAGCCUUGUGUGUAGAACCUUUUGAAGUAUAACUACAUUUUGGUUAUGGAAAAAUCACUCCUGCAGUUUUAGCAGUGACAAA